CAUCAUAUUUUACCACUCUUCUCGAUUUGAUUGGAAAGAUUGUUUCAAAACAUCAGCGUUCAGUAGUUUAAUAGCUUUGUAAGUGCUAAAUCAAAACGAUUGUAAACAAAGUAAAAUGCUUUUAGAUCAUGUACAGUUAUUCAAGUUAGAUUAUUUGCAGCAUUUCCCCCUGACGUAUUAAUAUUUAUAUACAUAUCUGACACUACCUUCCAAUAUAUUUCCCUGCAAUUGAACAUACUCACCAGACCCAGUCUACUACGGUUAUUAAGCAAAACAUGUCAGCAGACGCGAGUAUAGUUUACAAACUAAUGCACUAGAUUGCUUAGAGUAUUUACAGUAUAUCUAUAUCUAUAUGGUAUAGAUAUAGAUAUUAUGGUCCACUUCUGUGAAGUCAACUGCAGUGAAAAGUCAUGACCAUAAAGCUGUUUCUAUGUUAUUCUUCCCGUAGGAGCAAGGCUGCAGCGGAAAAUCCUGCUAAACAAUGGGCAGAGAUCGGCGGCCAAUUGUUCUCCAUACUGUAUAUACUCUCUCCCCCCAAAGCAAAAGUGUCAUAGAGAUGCCAAUUCGGGAGCAGUAAACUAGUUUAGGGGAAGUGCUAUUCCCCAGGAAAAAAGCAGGACUCUCUGCCAGUAACUCCUGCCUGGGUGCAACUUCUUAUGUGGCUGAGAUGUGGGGGCCCUAGGUGUCAAAACUUUGAAGAUUAAUGGAUUACUUUGUUAAUGACUCAAAGCGUCAGAUUGAGGUGCUUAAAUGAUUUGCGAGGUGCAAAGCGUUUUCCUGACAGUCCCAAACAAUGAGAUGAGUGUGCGGGAGGAGACAAGAGGGGCAGCAGUCUGCAGGACAAGCAACCACACACACACACACACACACACACACACACGCACACACACAUACACACACGCGCACGCACAGAUCAUUUCAGAUUAGGACGCAAAGGCGAUAGAUACAGAUAUAUAAUUUCCCCCCUAAAAAGUGUAAAUAAAGCCUUUCUGGCCCCCAAUGAGGCGUUCCUUCCCGACUUUUUUGGAUCAAUCAAACAGACAGUGGCUUCUUUUGAUUAAAGCCCAAAUUGUCAUUGGGCAGAGGCAAUCAUGUGACAGCCAAUUCGGUCCAAUUUCAACCUUGUCUCCAUGAAUUCAAUAGUUUAAUAGUAGCACGGUCCCCAUACGGCUGUAAUCAGUGAAUUAGAAAAAAAACACCCCACCAGCGAUCUUCUAUGAUAUAUUUUUUUCUUCUCUCUCUCCUUUUUCCUGGGCCUUUCCCCCCUCCCCCCAAAAAACCCUCAAUAAGAGGGAACUUUUUCUCCAAGGGGGCUGCGAGUUGAAGGCCAUGAAUUUCGAAUUUGAGCGAGAGAUUGGUUUUAUCAAUAGUCAGCCAUCGCUUGCUGAGUGCCUGACAUCUUUUCCCCCUGUCGGUGAUACAUUUCAAAGUUCAUCAAUCAAGAACUCGACGCUUUCACACUCGACACUGAUUCCUCCUCCUUUUGAGCAGACCAUCCCCAGCCUGAACCCAGGCAGCCACCCUCGCCACACCAGCAGCAGCCGUCCCAAGCAGAGCCCCAAUGUCAGCAGCAGCAGCCCGGUGCCAGCCGGCGCCCUGCAGCCUCCGGAGUACCCCUGGAUGAAAGAGAAAAAAGCCUCCAAGAAAACUACCCUCCCGCUUGCUUCGGCCUCAGCCUCAGCCACUGGACCAGCCUGCCUAAGCCACAAAGAGUCUCAUGAAAUCCCCGAAAGUGGUAACGGUGGAUCUAGGAGGCUGAGGACGGCUUAUACCAACACCCAGCUUUUGGAGCUAGAAAAAGAAUUUCAUUUCAACAAGUAUCUCUGUAGACCAAGGAGGGUAGAGAUCGCAGCUUUGCUGGAUUUGACUGAGAGACAAGUAAAAGUCUGGUUCCAGAACAGGAGGAUGAAGCACAAGAGACAGACCCAGUGUAAGGAGAACCAAAACAGUGAGGGGAAAUUUAAGAAUCUAGAGGACAGCGAGAAAGCAGAAGAGGAGGAGGAGAAAUCGCUCUUUGAGCAAACCCUCAAUAAUGUCUCAGGCGCUCUUUUGGAAAGGGAAGGUUACACUUUUCAACAAAAUGCACUAUCUCAACAGCAGGCUCAGAAUGUACACAAUGGAGAGUCCCAAAGUUUCCCAGUUUCGCCUUUAACAAGCAAUGAGAAAAAUCUGAAACAUUUUCAGCAUCAGUCACCCACUGUUCAAAACUGCCUAUCAACAAUGGCCCAGAACUGUGCAGCUGGCCUGAACAAUGACAGUCCUGAGGCCCUAGAUGUCCCUUCUUUACAGGACUUUAACGUUUUCUCCACAGAUUCCUGCCUACAGCUUUCAGAUGCAGUUUCACCCAGUUUGCCAGGAUCUCUGGACAGUCCUGUAGAUAUUUCUGCUGACAGUUUUGACUUUUUUACAGACACACUCACUACAAUUGACUUGCAGCAUCUGAAUUAUUGAGAAAUUAAAGAUGUCCUGUCGCCAAGGGUUAUGGCUUGUUUCAAAUUACUUUCUUUUAUUUUUCUUUUCCUGGUCAGUAUUUUCUGUUUAUUAAUUCCCUUUACUGUGUUCCAGAGCCAUUUUUACUGUUUCUUAUGAAGUUUUAGUUGUGUUCAGUUUAACCUAGCCACAUUCUAGGUCCCUCUAUGAAAGCAAUAUAUGAGGCCUGUAAGAAAGUGAUCAUAUAGAAUUGUAUCUUCACUUUCUUUUUAUUUUUGUAUUACAUUAGGAUGCGUUGUCAUAAGUAUUUUUGGUAGAAUAAAUUCUUGUUUGCUACAAGUAGCUUUCUUCUCUCUCU